AUGCUGGCGAGGCUGCGCGGCGUGUCGGCGGCGGCGCACGGGACAGAAGCGAAUACGCAAGACGCCAUCGCGCCGGAUUGCGUCAUCGUCUUCGGCUACGACCUGCCCGGCUCCGGCGUCGCCGGCGGCCUGCUGCGCCUCGGCUACGGGGUGGAGCGUGUCGGCGGCGCGCUGACGCGCAUCAAGGACGCUCGCGAGGGCCUGGGCGAGGACGAGUCGAUACCUCUGGGCGACAAGGUCGUCGUCGCCGUCGACUUCGUGGUCGGCGUCACCAACAUCGUCGUCGCCGCCUGCGACGAAUCGACCCAGUACGCUCGCGGGGCCCUAGCCCGCUUCCGCGGCAAGUCUUCAAGUUGGAGUGUUGGACCGCCCCUACCCAAAAUCCUGGCAGAGGAAAGAGAUCAGAUCUUUGCUCUCGCAAACGAAUCUGCGAAAGGGGAAAAUAUGAUGUUCAAUUUGAAGAUCUUGCAGAGGAUAUGCAGUGCAUUAUAUUUUCAAAUUUGGAGCUCAAAGAGGUCGUAAGUCUAGCAUUCUGUCAAACAAAUGGAGAGACACGUGGACGAUUUGCUCAAAACUAAGGUUUGAUGCCAGUAAAAUGUAUAAAUACCUGACAUGGAGGUACUACAUCACAAAAUUUAUUGACCAUGUAAAUCGAGUCUUGAAACUGCAAC